AUGGCCCAGGCCAACUUCGACCGCAGGCGUAUCAAUGGUCCGGACGAGAGCUUCCAACCGAUAUUUGACUCUGACGAGGAAGAUGAGACGAGAUGGAAGCCGGGCAAGCCUAGGAAAGGGCGGGGAGCGCGCGACAUUCGACCAAUCUUCUUGAAGGCUGGUCUGAUCAAUCAAGCGAACGGAUCUGCAUAUAUUGAGACUGAGAGAACCAAGAUUGCGUGCGCGGUGUACGGCCCACGACAAUCAAAAACCACUGUCUACAAUGAGAAGGGCCGAUUGAAUGUCGAAGUCAAAUUCGCGCCUUUCUCAUGUAAGCGACGAAGAGUUCCGAUACGCGACGCAGAAGACCGGUCGGUUGCUGUCCAGAUCCAGCAAGCUUUGGUAUCGGCAGUACGGCUUGAACUCCUUCCAAAAUCUACGAUAGACAUAUUCAUUAUAGUCAUCGAGAACGACGGCAUGGAAGGGUGCAUUGCGUCAGGGUCAGUAGCUGCCAGUGCGGCUCUCGCGGAUGCUGGGAUUGAAAUGCUUGGGUUGGUAGCGUCAUGCUCAGCCGCCGUCGUUGGGGAGGAAAUCUGGCUUGACCCAACGGAAGAGGAAGAGAAAGUCUCCUCAGGAACGCUGAUACUUUCGGGAAUGCCAGCUCUUGGAACUAUCACCAACGUGUGGCAGUCUGGUUCCAUGGCACCUGAGGAUGCAAUGAAGUGUAUGGAGGCAUGCCAAGAGCGGUACACGGACAUACAUGCCGUGAUUGCGCAGGCACUCCUCGAGAAUGUGCAGACUACAUGAUAUCUUCAUGACGCAUUGCCACGAGUGACGGAUAUUCAGGCCUGUUAGUACGGAGCGGGCGAGCUGCCCAUUCACGUCCCUCGCUUGACACCUCCUUAUGUGCCAGUAUUGGCAACUCUUUUCCUGUGAUCUUGUCUCUCGAACUGGGUCGGAUUUAGUGCCACGUCUCGUAUGUGAGUGUAUGUUCAAGGGAAACGCUAUUCGGGCGAUAUGCUUCUCGG